AUGCAAGUAUACACCCUGCUUCCUAUUACAAAACCACCAUGCAAAUGUAUGAUCAGCCGAUUUUUCAUAGUUGUCCAUCUUACUUUUGUUUCUUCAUUUCUCUCCAUUGUUCCUUUUCUCUUUCUCUCGUUCCUUUUUCCUUUCUCUCCGUUGUUCCUUCUCUCUUACUCUUCAUUAUUCUUUCUCUCUGUUGUUCCUUCUCACUUUCUCUCUGUUGUUCCUUCUCUCUUUCUCUCUGUUGUUCCUUCUCUCUUUCUCUCUGUUGUUCCUUCUCUCUUUCUCUCUGUUGUUCCUUCUCUCUUUCUCUCUGUUGUUACUUCUCUCUUUCUCUCUGUUGUUCCUUCUCUCUUUCUCUCUGUUUCUUUCUCUCUUUCUCUUCAUUGUUCUUUCUCUCUGCUGUUCCUUCUCUCUUUCUCUUGUUCUUUCUCUCCAUUGUUCCUUCUCUCCAUUGUUCCUUCUCUCUUUCUCUUCAUUAUUCUUUCUCUCUGUUGUUCCUUCUCACUUUCUCUCUGUUGUUCCUUCUCUCUUUCUCUCUGUUGUUCCUUCUCACUUUCUCUCUGUUGUUCCUUCUCUCUUUCUCUCUGUUUCUUUCUCUCUUUCUCUUCAUUGUUCUUUCUCUCUGUUGUUCCUUCUCUCUUUCUCUUGUUCUUUCUCUCCAUUGUUCCUUCUCUCUUUCUCUUCAUUAUUCUUUCUCUCUGUUGUUCCUUCUCACUUUCUCUCUGUUGUUCCUUCUCUCUUUCUCUCUGUUGUUCCUUCUCUCUUUCUCUCUGUUUCUUUCUCUCUUUCUCUUCAUUGUUCCUUCUCUCUUUCUCUUGUUCUUUCUCUCCAUUGUUCCUUCUCUCUUUCUCUCCAUUGUUCUAUUUCUUCUUUUGUCCAUUGUUCAUUCCCUCCCAUUAUCCUGUUUGUACCCUCUUUGUUCCCUCUUUCUCCCCCCCUCUCUCUGUCUAUUGUUCCAUUUUUCUCUCUUAUUCUCUCUAUUGUUUCUUCUUUCUCUCUGUCUAUUGUUCCAUUUUUCUCUCUUAUUCUCUCUAUUGUUUCUUCUUUCUCUCUGUCUAUUGUUCCAUUUUUCUCUCUUAUUCUCUCUAUUGUUUCUUCUUUCGCUCUGUCUAUUGUUCCAUUUUUCUCUCUUAUUCUCUCUAUUGUUUCUUCUUUCUCUCUGUAAGUCUUGUUUCAUUUAUUUCUGUCAUUCUUUUUUUUCUGUCUGUUAUUCUCUUUCUCUUGUUCUCUCUAUCUAGAGUGAUGUCUGUCUUUGUUUCUGUCUGUCUUUCUGUCAUUCUCACUGUCAUCUACAUCUGUUAUUUUGUCAUUUAG